CUUCAUAAUUGAUAUUGUUGUUUAAUUCUGGUGCGUUUUUUCCCUUUUUCUUCUUCUGAAGAUUGUACGGCUCUGAAUUUCCCCCACCGUCGCAGAUGCCAAGGACGAGCGAGAUUGCCGAUUCCGCCAUCUCCGGCGGCGGAGAUGCCGACAUGGACGCCGGGGGAUCGGUUACCAAGGAGAUCAUGUUGUUUGGAGUCAGAGUGGUGGUGGACCCGAUGAGGAAGAGCGUCAGUAUGAACAAUCUGUCUCAGUAUGAGCAUCCAUCGGAGGCCUCCAAUGAUGAUAACGGCGGCAACAAUAAGAGCAGUAACAUCUCCACUGCUGAGAGGAAGGAAGACGCCGCUACUGGUUAUGCUUCUGCCGACGAUGCCGUCCCCAAUUCCGGCGGAAAUCGCGACCGCGAACGCAAGCGAGGAGUACCAUGGACGGAGGAAGAGCACAAACUUUUCUUGCUGGGAUUGCAGAAAGUGGGGAAAGGAGAUUGGAGAGGAAUUUCGAGGAAUUUUGUUAAGACUCGAACUCCGACUCAGGUGGCUAGCCACGCACAGAAAUACUUUCUACGCCGAAGCAACCUUAAUCGUCGCCGCCGUAGAUCCAGCCUCUUUGAUAUCACCACGGAUACGGUUAAUGUGGCUGCUGAGGAAGAUCAAAUUCAACUUCAAGGUAAUUCCUCCCAAUUGCAAUCCUUAUUGCCGCCUCCACCACCUGAACCUUGCAACAUAAAUGGAUAUCACCAUGUGAUGCCAAAUUUUCCUUUAUCUGUCUGCCCUGCAAUUUUACCCGUGCCAAUUCCAAUGGAGAAACUAACACUUGGGCACGACAACCUGGAGAAUGCUACAUCAUUAAAGCAGGUCCAUCCUCUUGCUGCUGAAAUUUUGCCGCUCAAUGCAACUACACCUGAAAUUAACCUGAACUUGAAGUCGACAAUAAAUUCUGGAGGCUCUCUUUCUCUUAACCUCGCUUUGACUUCAGACUCGGGCGAUUCGUCAAUGAAUCACCUUGCUUUCCAAGGAAUUUCAGGCAUGAGCAGCCGCGAUAACAUUAUCAGUGUUGCUUAAGAUCGCUUUGUUCGCAAGAAUGGUACGUUAUAUUGAUCUGAAACAAAUCGAUUAGGUGACUAACUAAAGCCUUUGUUGUAGUUGUACAUCCCCCCCACUCCCACCCCAUAAAAGGGGCAAGAACAAGAAAAGAGAACUGCCCAUGCCCUGUUGUUUUCUUCGUUUAUUAUGUCCAUUACCUUUGGAUUCUUCUUCAUUUGGUGUUUGUUUGUAGAACUGAACCUAACAAGCAGUCUCUGCUGUAGUCCCUGCUCGCUACUGCUCAAUGAUAACGUGGGUUUCCUCUGUAUUCAUUUGUGGCCAUGGUGUGUUUUGAGUAAGAAAAAUAUCAAGUUUUAUCAGGGAUAUGGUGAUGUAGCUACCUCAUAUUUCUCCAUCUUUGAUUACUGAGGAUAGCAUUUGGCCCUCUAUUGUGGGUCAAGGAUGGUUGUACUGUCCUUAUACUUAUAUAUGUGGUAUUUGCUUAUA